AUGGUGGUAGUUCGUAUGUUGACAGGUAUAGCAUUGAGAGGGUUCUUUGUGGGGGUAUCUUGCUCGCUGUUUGUUUCCAUCACGGCUGUGUUCUUUGAAUGGACCAACUGUACCCUUACCACCACGUUAAAGUCCUACUUUGAUUUGUUUCCCAAAAGCUUCCCUGGUGGUGGACCACCGUCCGACCCCUUCAAAGUAGCACCUAAAGCAUUGAGAAGAGAGUUCAGGUUAUUACAAAGUGAACACCACCCAGAUAUACUUAUUGGUUCACAAGCACUUUCAAAGUCUCCAGAAGCAUCGUCAGGUGACUUUUCUGCCUUCUUGAACAAAGCCUAUACCACCAUCCAAAAUCCGUACACCAGAGUAUCUCACUUAAUUGAAUUGUAUCAUCCUCAACAUCCGGACAUCAGCCAAGAUGAUGUUUCGAAGAAAAUGAUAGAGAAAUUCCAGUCGGAGAGUGAAGAGUCAUCUUUGGAAUACAAAGGAAUGUUAAUGACGGUGCUAGACGCUCAUGAAUCACUUGAGUUUGCCAAUAGUGAAGAAGACCUAGAACCGUUAUCAGAUGAAAAUAAAGUGAGAAUAGAAGAGACUGAAGAAACCAUUGACCAAUUGUUAAUAGAAACACCAAUUGACUGGGACAAGGUGAUGCUAGAGGCUAUUCGUCUCAAGUAUUGGGUGAACAUUCAAAAUGGCAUCAAGGACUGGGAACCUGGUAAACCCGUUCUUCUUACCCAUUGA